AUGAAAAUAUUUCAGAAUAAAAAUAAAUUACUCUUGUUUAGAUAUUUUUCCUCUAUUAAUAAGAAAAAGGAAGAAAUAUUAAAGACUAUUUUAUAUGAUGUUCAUAAAAAGAACAAUGCUAUCUUUAAGAUACAUCAUGGUUAUUAUAUUCCAGAUGAAUAUAAAAAUGAUACUUUAAUAACGACUCACUUACAUACAAGAUCAAGCUGCUCAUUAUUUGAUUUCACAUAUAGACCAAUUCUAAAGAUAAGCGGGAAGGACAAAAUGUGCUUUUUAGAAAAAUAUGUAGGUAGUGAUAUUAAAGGUUUAUGGGAGAAUGAAUGUAGAAUAAGUUUAUUACUAAACGAAAAGGGAGGAAUAUUAGAUGAUAUAAUGAUUAUAUUAAGAGAAAAUUAUUUAUUAAUAUACUUAAAUAUACAAUGUAAAAACAAAGUUUAUAAAUAUUUAAAUGAACAACUUAUAGAAAAUACAAAGUUAGAUGUAAAAAUUGAAGAGUAUAAAGAACAUAGUUCUAUUUGUAUCCAAGGAAGUAAAUCAACCAACGUAUUAAAUGAAAUAUCAAAAGACCUAAAUUUAGAAAAUUUUAGCUUUAUGUCAAGCAAUUUAGUUAAGUUAAAUAAUAUAGAUAACUGUUUACUAAACAGAUAUACUUGCACAGGUGAAGAUGGUUUUGAUAUAUUAAUACCAAGUAAACAUGUUAAAGAAUUGUAUGAAUCUAUUUUAAAUAAUCAUUUAGUAAAACCAGGAGGAUUAGCAGUUCAAAAUACUUUACGAUUGGAAAGUGGUUUUUGUAUAUAUGGAAAAGAUAUCAAUGAAAAUUUUACUCCUAUUGAAUCUAAUUAUAAAUGGAUAUUCGGGAAAAGAAGAUUAAAAGAAUUAAAUUUUAACGGAGCUAACAUUAUUAAUGAUCAAAUAAAAAAUGGGACAAAAAUUAAAAGAGUCGGUUUAACUAUUAAUUCUAAUAUUGUACCUAAAGAAAAUUCUAAAAUUUAUUCUCAUAAUAAUUCAAAUGAAGAAAUAGGAUUUAUUACUAGCAGUGUUUUUUCUCCUUUAUUACAAAAACCAAUAGCAAUGGGAUAUGUAAAAACUGAGCAAUCAAUUAUUAAUAAUAAUAUAAAAGUAAAUGUGUUAAAUAAAUUAGAAAAUGCUCAAAUUACUAAAAUGCCAUUUGUUCCAUUAUCAAUAUAUAAAAUAUGA